ACCUGUUCUCUCUCUCCCUGCACACGCAAACCAAGGUCUGCAUGCGAAGAUGGUCGCUGUGUGACGUUAUCAGCGUGUACAUGGGAGCGGCACGGCUCCUUUCCUAUAAAUAAAGUUUCCAAGCUGCACGGGGAAACAAUUAAAGGGGGCACAAGAGCGACGACUUCAACUCCAGAAAAGGAUCAAGAAAACGCAGAGGGGGCAGCGAAGACAAGAAUUCUACGCCAACGCGAGCCAGCUUCUGACCCACCCACAUUCGAAUUCUAGAAUUUGAAACGUUCAGCACCAUGGACAGUGUCAAAGUUAGAGCGGCGGUGUACCUGGGUGUCUGUCUGUCGAUGUUCGCCGUCGUGUGUCAGGGGCAGAUGGCGUCGGAGAAUGGUAUCUCUUCAGAGGAGGAACAAAAUCAAAUGGGACACAUCACCAGGGACUUGGCAGAGGCGCUCGAGGGAUUGCUGGACGGCACCCAGGACAACCGGAUAACGCUUGAGAAAAAAGCCAGCGUGAUUCCCCGGUGUGAUGUGGGCGAGCGGUGCGCAAUGAAGCAUGGACCGCGCAUCGGCAGACUUUGCGACUGCCUGAGAGGAACUGCGUGCAACUCCUUCUUCCUGCGCUGCUACUGAGCAGCGCGCGACCACCUCCACUCAGGCGCAUUAUAAACGGAACCAUUUUCACCGGACCAAGGCGUGCGACCCGUCGUGUUCCACCUAACCGUUAUUACUAGUCAGUCUCUUAUACUGCAUGCGUGAUAUUGUCUUUGUUUGUCGGCUCGUCUCUAAAUGAAAACGCAUCUGUGUGAUUAAAUGGAUUUAUUUUUCUUUAAUAAAAAAUGUCGAACGAA